CUGUUUAUACAAUUGCAUAUUUAUAUAUAAGAUAUGAAUAAAAAAAUAUUCUGGAGAAGAUUGUUUUUAUUGUUUUCAAAUGCAAAACCUUGGCCGCACAAUGCAACGCGCAUUCGGUUUCUGUUCAUGUUCGAUUGCCAUACGAGGCCGAAACUCUCCUGAGCUGUGGCAAGUCAGGGUACCGGAGAUCUUCACCAGGCAAUUCAAGAUAUUUUCUUUACGCAGACCUACAGUCAACAAUUGUCACUCCGAGUGAAUGCAACCCUGAUUAUUGUGUCUACUUAAAUUGCCUACUCUUAAUUUUUUAAAUUAAAUUAUUCAAAAACUGGGAGAAUAAAUUUAUUUAAUUUUUUCGGGCUCUGAUAAAACUUAAAUUAAUAUAUUGAGAAAUUAAUUAUGAAACUAGUGAAAACCUGAUUGAAAUUGUUUGAAAAUUUCUAUUACCAGUUAAAUUAAAUAUCCAAAAAGUGAUGUGAUUGAAAGUGUAAAAAUUACACCAGGUUCAAAUUUUAAAUAAAGAGCUGAUUUGAGCAGAAUUUUAGCAAAAAUUUGGCAUCGACUGAUUUUACUGGAAAAUGGAUUUCAAAGAAGGAUUAAAUAUUUUGUAUGACACUUUAGUAUUUUUGUGGCUGUCGGUUGUAUAUAUAACUGAGUCAUUUUUUUUGAGUUUGAUACCACGAAAAUAUCGAAGCAAAAGUAUUCAAGGUGAAGUCGCAUUAGUCACUGGAGGUGCGGGUGGUUUAGGAAGAUUGAUCGCUUUGAAAUUAGCGGCUCUCGGAGCUCACGUCGUGAUAUGGGAUAUCAAUAAAUCGGGGAUUAAAGACGUCGUAGAGGAAAUUAAAAGCCAGGGUGGUAAAUGUACUGGAUAUGUUUGCGAUAUCAGUAACAAAAAAGAAAUUUAUCGCGUUGCUAAAACAGUGCAAGUGGAAGUGGGAAAUAUCACAAUAAUUGUCAACAACGCUGGUUACGUGUGCGGUAAAACUUUUAUGAACCUCCCAGAUGACGAAAUCGAAAAGACUUUCAAAGUUAAUAUACUCUCGCAUUAUUGGAUAAAUAAAUCAUUUAUGAAAGAAAUGAUGAAAGAAAACCAUGGCCACAUUGUCACUAUUGCAAGUGUCGCGGGAUUACUGGGUACUUAUAAUUGUACUGAUUAUUCAGCGACUAAAUUUGCAGCAAUUGGCUACCACGAGAGUCUUUUUACAGAAUUGAAAGUACACGGAUACCAUGGAAUUAAUACGACUUUAGUUUGCCCGUAUUUUAUAAACACAGGAAUGUUUCCAGGUGUUAAGCCGAGAUUGUUACCCAUGCUCGAGCCUGAGUACGUAGCAGAUGAAGUCGUUGCUGGCAUACUGACUAAUCAAAUAAAUGUUACGAUGCCAAUAAGUACUAAAUAUUUUUUGCCGCUCAAAAGCUGGCUACCAUCGAAACUCUGUUGGGCUUUGAUGUACAACAUCAUAAAAGGACCACAGACCAUGAUGAUGCUACAGAAAAACGAGAACAUGCACAAUUAUGAUCGUAUAAAUAAAUAUUGAUAGAAUAAGUUUAGAUUUAAUUAAACUUUUGAUUUAAUUUUAAUAAUUAUUGAUAGUGGUGAAGACUGAGAGU